GCCGGAGACCGGCGCCGCGGGACGGAAGCGAGCGGGCGCGGGCGCCGCGCAGAUGGCCGGGGCGAGCGAGAUCUGAGGCUCUGCUCCCCGAAACGUGACCAUGUGGAUUCAACAGCUUUUAGGACUCAGUUCCAUGUUCAUCCGCUGGCCCGGCUGCUCCCUAGGAAGCCAUGCUUGGAUCCUUAUAGCCAUGUUUCAGCUCGCCCUGGAUCUGCCCGCGUGUGAGUCCCUGGGCCCGGGCCCCGAGUUCCGGCUACUGCCUCGGCCACCCCACCGGCCGCCUCGCUUGUGGAGUUUUAAGAGUGGACAGCCCGCCCGGAUCCCCGCUCCUGUGUGGAGCCCCCGGCCGCCUCGCGUGGAACGCGGACACAGUCACGGACAGAUGCCGAGUCCCCGGGCCCGACGGGCACACAGACCCAGGGAUCAGGAGGCCACUCUUGGGCCCAAAGAGGGGCUGGCCAAGCCCCCAGCUGCUGCCAAAUCCAGCCCUUCCCUGAGCUCCUCCCCCACCUCCUCCUCCUCUGCAGGGGCCAGCGGGGCCCCCACGGACCAGCAGGCCCUCCUGCGGAGGGGGAAGAGGCACCUACAGGGGCCUGCUUUCAACAGCUUUGACUUCCGGGGCAGCAGGCCCACCACGGAGACGGAGUUCAUUGCCUGGGGGCCCACAGGGGAGGAGGAGGCCCUGGAAUCCAACACAUUCCCGGGCUUUUAUGGCCCCACCACGGUCUCCAUCUUCCAAACGCGGAAGACAACUGUGGCCACCGCCACCACCACCGCCACAGCCACCACGGCCACUUCCGUGACACUGCAGACUCAAGGGGUCACUGAGCCCCUGGACCCCAGGAGUAGGAUCCCGGUUGGGGUAAGCACAACGGAGCCUUCCACCAGUCCCAGCAGAGACAGUGGCCAAGACAGCCAGCCCCCGCGGGUUCUGGGGGAGACCUCAGGUUUGGCCGUCCAUCAGAUCAUCACCAUCACCGUCUCCCUCAUCAUGGUCAUAGCUGCUCUGAUUACAACUCUUGUCUUAAAAAACUGCUGUGCGCAGAGUGGGAACCCACGAAGGAACAGCCACCAGCGGAAGACGAACCAUCAGGAGGAGAGUUGCCAGAACCUGACAGACUUCACACCUGCCCGAGUGCCCAGCAGUCUGGACAUCUUCACGGCCUACAACGAGACCCUCCAGUGUUCCCACGAGUGUGUCCGGGCAUCCGUGCCCGUCUACACUGACGAGACGCUGCACCCGGCCGGGGAGUACAAGUCCACAUUUAAUGGGAACCGGCCCUCUUCUUCUGAUCGGCAUCUUAUUCCUGUGGCCUUUGUGUCUGAGAAAUGGUUUGAAAUCUCCUGCUGACUGGCCGAAGUCUUUUUUACCUCCUGGGGGCAGGGCAGACGCCAUGUGUCUGUUUUAUGG